UGAGAACCCGGAAGGAAGAGGGCGGGGCUUUGCUCGAGGCUGGAGGAUUGAGAAGACAAGUAUCCACCAUGACGGCCAUCAAGCAUGCGCUCCAGAGGGACAUCUUCACGCCCAACGAUGAGCGGCUCCUCGGCAUCGUCAACGUCUGCAAGGCAGGGAAGAAGAAGAAAAACUGCUUCUUGUGUGCGACAGUUACCACUGAGAGGCCCGUCCAGGUUAAAGUGGUGAAGGUGAAGAAAUCCGACAAGGGGGAUUUUUACAAGCGACAGCAGACCUGGGAGCUCCGAGAUCUGACAGAGGUGGAUGCCAAAGAUGCCAGCAAGGAGAAUCCUGAAUUCGACCUUCAUUUCGAGAAGGUAUACCGGUGGCUGGCCAGCAGCACGGCUGAAAAGAACUCCUUCAUUUCUUGCAUUUGGAAGCUGAACCAGCGUUAUCUGAGGAAGAAGGUGGAGUUUGUGAAUGUCAGUCCUCAGCUGCUGGAAGAGUCGGUGCCAAGUGGAGAGAGCCAGAGUGUUGCCGGGGGUGAUGAAGAUGCUUUGGACGACUACCAGGAGCUGAGCACCCGUGAGGAGCAGGAUAUCGAGAGUAUGAUGGAGACCUGCGAGUACGCCAUCUCCAAUGCUGAGGCUUUUGCGGAGCAGCUCUCCAAGGAGCUGCAGGUUUUAGAUGGGGCCAACAUCCAGUCCAUCAUGGCCUCGGAGAAGCAGGUGAAUAUCUUGAUGCAGUUGCUGGACGAGUCUCUGGCAGAGGUGGACACCAUUGAGGGCAAACUGAGCAGCUAUGAGGAGAUGCUCCAGAGCGUCAAAGAGCAGAUGGACCAGAUCUCCCAGAGCAACCGCCUCAUCCAGAUCAGCAACACCAACAAUGGCAAACUGCUGGAUGAGAUCCAGUUCUUGGUGAACUACAUGGACCUGUCUAAGGGACACAUCAGGGCCUUGCAGGAUGGAGAUCUGACCUCCCCCAAAGGUAUUGAGGCCUGCAUCAACGCCUCUGAAGCUCUUCUGCAGUGCAUGAACGUGGCUCUCCGACCAGGCCAUGAGAAGCUGAUGGCUGUGAAGCAGCAGCAGCUCCUGUUCGCUGAGCUGAGAGACACCUUUGCUCGGCGCCUCACCAAUCACCUCAACAACGUGUUUGUUCAUCAGUUCAACCACUUCAGUCACUUCAAAAUGACCAUCCCUCAGUUCUAUAGGUCCUCCUGUCUGUCACUUCCAGGCCAUGACCAGAGUUCUACGCUGUCCCAGCACACAGCAGAGCUUACUCUGCCCAAACACAGCCCCCUCCACAGGGACCUGCUGCGCUACGCCAAGCUCAUGGAGUGGCUGAAGAACACCCACAGGGAGAAGUAUGAGGGUCUGUCAAGGACCUAUGUGGAUUAUAUGAGCAGACUCUAUGAAAGAGAAAUCAAAGACUUCUUUGAGGUGGCCAAGAUAAAGAUGGCGGGUACAACCAAGGAAGCAAAGGGCAAGUUUGCCACGCUUCCGCGGAAAGAAAGUGCGCUCAAACAGGAAACUGAAAGCCUUCAUGGCAGCUCAGGGAAGCUGACAGGCUCGACCUCAAGCCUGAACAAGCUGACAGUGCAGGGCUCCAACAGCCGGCGCUCCCAGUCUUCCUCACUGCUGGAUAUGGGUAACAUGUCCGCCUCUGAUCUGGACGUGGCGGACAGGACCAAGUUUGACAAGAUCUUUGAGCAGGUCCUCAGUGAGCUGGAGCCUCUGUGUCUCGCAGAACAAGACUUCAUCAGCAAGUUCUUUAAACUGCAGCAGAACCAAACAAUUACACCCCCGCUUGCUCAGCCUGAAACCGAGGAAUCGGAUGGAGUCAUGCUGUCAAGAGUGGCUCCCCAGGCAGAACACAGACACUCCUUCUCAUCAGAGAAAGACCUGGUGCGGCUGAUGAUGAAUAAAAUCUUCCAGAGCAUCGAGACGGAGCUCAACAGUCUCAUCGCUCUGGGUGACAAGAUUGACAGCUUCAACUCUCUCUACAUGCUGGUGAAGAUGAGUCACCAUGUGUGGACAGCUGAGAACGUUGAUCCGGCCUCGUACCUCAGCACUACUCUGGGAAAUGUGCUGGUCACUGUCAAGAGGAACUUUGACAAAUGCAUUUCUGGUCAGAUCAGACAGAUGGAAGAAGUGAAGAUUUCAAAGAAAAGCAAAGUUGGUAUUCUACUUUUUGUCACUGGGUUUGAAGAGUUCGCUGAGCUGGCCGAAACGAUCUUCCGUAAUGCAGAACGACGAGGAGAUCUGGAUAAGGCUUAUGUCAAACUUAUCAGGGCCGUCUUCAUGAACGUGGAGAAGGUAGCCAGUGAGAGUCAGAAGACGCCGCGGGAUGUCGUGAUGAUGGAGAACUUCCACCACAUCUUUUCUACACUGUCACGACUAAAGAUCUCCUGCCUGGAAUCAGAGAGACGAGAGGCCAAGCACAAAUACACAGACCACCUGCAGUCCUAUGUGAUCAACUCCCUGGGCCAGCCCCUGGAAAAACUCAAUCAUUUCUUUGAAGGCGUUGAGGCCCGCGUAGCUCAGGGCGUCCGUGAGGAGGAAGUGAGCUACCAACUGGCCUUCAACAAGCAAGAGCUACGCAAAGUUAUUAAAGAGUAUCCUGGCAAAGAGGUCAAAAAGGGACUUGACAACCUUUACAAGAAGGUGGACAAACAUCUGUGUGAGGAGGAGAGUCUGCUUCAGGUGGUGUGGCACUCCAUGCAAGAUGAGUUCAUCCGGCAGUACAAGCACUUUGAAGAUUUGAUUGGGAGAUGCUAUCCUGGAUCUGGAAUCACCAUGGAGUUCACCAUACAAGACAUGUUGGAGUAUUUCUCCAGCAUCGCUCAGUCCCAUUAGUCUAGCUGCUCUGCACUGUUGAAUAGUGACUCACUACUGCCUCAAACUGGCUGAACGUACACUAGCUAGUCCCUAAGCUGCCCGGUGUUGCUUUCUGGAUGAUGAAACAUUUCCUCUAUGUGUGUCGGUGUGUUCCUAUGAAAGAGAUUGGAUGGUGAUGCAGAGAUCUCUGCAGUGAGUGUGUGCCUGUUUCUGUGUGAUUCAGCUAUUCUAAAUAUUUCUUUGUUAUAUUUUUAUUUGUUUAUUCCACAUGUACAUAAUAAAUUAGCGUCUCCCAAACGUCA